AUGGCUGAAGGAAGUGCUCGUGCGGAAAAGCUCCGCUCGCUCAUCCAGGGACAUGAGCUCAGUGCCACUGCACGAGACGCCGAACUGCUCAAGGAUAUCAAGAUCGAGAACUGCAUCGGAUUCACCAGAGUACCUCUCGGAAUAGCUGGCCCCUUGCAGCUCAGAGGGCCUGACGCUGCCGGAAGUCUUUUCUUGGACAAG